AUAAAUGUAUUGUCUAAAAACCUAUUUUUGUAAGUUCCCAAAACCAUGAAUUGCUUUUUAUUUAAAUCACGGUUUUUCAAAAAAAAAAAAAAAAAAAAAAAAAAAAAAAUCAAGAAGGUAAAAUUGACCGUUCACAAAGACCCGCCCCCUUUAGUUACUGUUGUUAUGUCCGACAAGCCAUGCCGCCCUCUCGCCACACAUCAUGUUCUCACGCAGUGAAAUAAUGCAUCGCGGAGCAAAGAGGACACUGACAACGCGUCGACAGACAAAACAGCAGCUUUUCCAGCAGAAGCCUAAAGAUGAAGAAGGAACCUUGAGAGCUUUUUUAACAUAUUUGUUCCACCAAUGACUAAACAUCUUCGGUGGAAUGGACUUUAACUGUCCUCCAGGGUAAUGGCACGGUUUAGGCGGAACUCAUGUUGUGCACUUAUCGCUUUAGCUUUGGUUGUGUUUAUUAUAACAGUCAUCUUAAAGUCUCUGAGCCCUGAGGAUAACAAUUUUGGCAGUCAGUUUGCAUUUAGACUUAUUGAACCUCCAAGAGAAAUGGAAAAAGAUACCAAGGUUGUUGUAUCCGCUAAACCUGUGCAGAUGAUACAGGCAGAGAAAGCUGAUAGCCUGAAGAACAAAAUGCAAGAUUUCCCUGAACCAAAUUACAAUGUGCACGCUUUCUACUAUGUGUGGUAUGGGAACCCUCAGUUUGAUGGAAAGUAUGUUCAUUGGAAUCAUCAACUCUUACCUCACUGGGACACCAAAGUGGCCUCAGGUUAUCCCACAGGACAACACCAGCCUCCCGAUGACAUCGGGGCAAAUUUCUACCCUGCACUGGGUCCAUACAGCUCCAGAGAUCCAUCAGUUUUAGAGGAACACAUGCGACAGCUCCGAACAGCUGCUGUUGGUGUUCUAGCAGUUUCGUGGUAUCCACGUAGUAUGAAGGACGACAAUGGUGAAGAAAUUGAUAACUUGCUGCCUUUGAUUCUGGAUGCAGCUGACCAAUAUCAGUUGAAGGUUGUUUUUCAUAUUGAACCAUACAAAGGACGAGAUGAUGUGAAUAUGCGUGAAAAUAUUAAAUAUAUUACAGAGAGGUAUGGAAACCAUCCUGCUUUUUAUAGAUACAAAACAAGCACUGGCAAAUUUCUUCCACUGUAUUAUAUAUAUGACUCCUACUUACAAACUCCAGAUGUUUGGGCACAACUGCUUAAGCCGAAUGGUUUAUCGACCAUCAGGGACACACCGUAUGAUGGCAUCUUCAUUGCUCUUCUUGUGGAAGAAAAGCAUAAGAAGGACAUACAGGCUGCUGGAUUUGAUGGACUCUACACCUAUUUUGCGACCAAUGGCUUUACGUAUGGUUCCUCACAUCACAACUGGAGAUCCAUCAAAACCUUCUGUGGUUAUAAUGACUUGGUAUUCAUUCCAAGUAUUGGACCAGGUUAUAUCGACACUAGCAUUAGGCCUUGGAACUCCCAGAAUACAAGGAACCGCAUUAAUGGGAAGUAUUACGAGAAUGCUUUUAAUGCGGCCGUGGAGGCUAGGCCACAGAUCAUCUCGAUAACUUCAUUCAAUGAAUGGCAUGAAGGAACGCAAAUCGAAAAGGCAGUCCCCAAGACAUGGGGUAAAACUGUGUAUCUUGACUACCUUCCUCAUAAACCUACAGUUUAUUUAGAGUUAACGCAAAAAUGGGCUAGAAAAUUCAGCGAGGAGCAGAAGAAAUGGCUGGAGUAAAGAGGAGUUAUUGACUUCAUAGUUAAUCCUGAAAAAGCAAUAUUGCCCCUAAGUAGUGCUUACUAAGGCCAUGGUUUGUUUAAUUUCGUUCUGUUUGAGUUGUGUGCAGUUUGUUUUACUUACAUGUUUUUUACCACUCUAUAUGACAACUUGACUGAUUAAACUCAUCAAUUAUUAAUGCUAAAUUGCAAUCAGAGAUGUUCCACCUGGAAGCUGUACAUAAAAUAACAGUCCUACUUUAUACUAGAUGUUUUUUAACUAUUCUGUACUUAGCUUAAAAUUUAAAUGGGUUACAUUUAUUUUGAAAUAUGCAUUUUAAACUGGCAUUCUGUAAAAAGUCUUUCAAGAUUCACAUAUGAUAUUCAUGAACAUUACAAAUAAGUGCACUUUGUCACAUGCUUUAAAUUUUAAUGUAAGUGCAUAACAUUAAACACCUAAUAUAAAGUGUGACAAAUAAUUCCCUGUGAUGGUCAUGGCAUAAUUAAUUUAUUAUUAACUAUAUUAAUGGGAGUUAUUAAAUGAACAAUAAAUUAUUUAAAAUAAAA